GGCAGUCGUGUGUAGGUGGUGGUAUGUGUAUGGUACCUCCCGGCUCCGCGAUCCUCUCUGAUGAAGGGUCUAGGCCCAAAACGUCAGCUUUUGUGCUCCUGCGAUGCUGCUGGGCCUGCUGUGUUCAUCCAGCCUCACAUUUUUAUUAUCUUGGAUUCUCCAGCAUCUGCAGUUCCCACUAUCUCCGCGAUCCUCUCUCGUGCGGCGGAUGUGAGCGGCGAGCGGAAGUGCCUGUUGCCGGGGUAACCGACACCCGAGCCCGGCCCAAGGCCCCGACGAGAGAAAGUGAGAGCGAUUCCAGAGAGGCCUGUAGAGUGGGGCCGGGAGAGUCCAGGCUGAAGAGAGCGGGAGAGAGACCGGCUGGACAACGAGUCGAUGGAGGAUUUGAAUCAAUGUGGUUAUGAGGUCAGAAGCUGAGUGUUUCUAAUGGAAUUCACACAGAGCAUCAAUGAACACGUUAUUAUUAAGCCACUGUUUACACAGACAAUCUGCCCAAGUGAAAACAGACAAGGAUAGCUUAAAAGAAAGGAGUGAGGUAGUUGAUUUAAACAAAGUUGACCAAAAUGUGUUAAUGGACUUUGAUGAAAAGCAUGAUCAAUAUCUGAUACUCCUUCAAUGCAGAAACAGAAUAUUGAAGAGAUUAAAGACAAAAGAUCCUAAAAAGAUACAACUAGAACGGUUAGAGCAAGGAUUUUCCGUCUAUGUAAAUGGCGCCAACUCUGAAUUAAAGAGACAACCAAGAUUUCAAGCAACUUCAAGAACAGUGAGAACAGCUGAUUCUGCUGCAAGAAUAACUUCGCACACUGAAAAGCUUCAAGAAUUAGAUGAAAUAAAAUGUAGAACCCAAACUGCACCAGGCAAAGUUCAUCGUAAAGGUUGGGUGCAGAGUUCUGUCAAUAUUAAAACUGAAAAAGGAACGCAGUUGCACCUUGGUCCAACCGUAGAUUACUCUGAUGAUUUUGAAGCUUAUGAAAGUGUUGAUAUGGAGACAGAGGAUAUACCAUGUCACUGUUCUCAGAUUCUUGCUGAUGAUUGUUCGAAGAUCAGAAACAACCCUUGUUUCCCAUCAAAGUCUUCCUUCGUAAAACCUGGAAGGAUAGCCGAUAACAGCGAUUCUGAUGGAACUGAAAAAAUACUGCUGAACUUGCAAGAAGUUAAGAUGUUGAGAAGAAGUUUGCAGCAGACUGCUGACCUCCAGCUUAGUGAUGAAAAGAGCACUGGCAGUGAGGACUCUGAUUCCCUGGAAGACGAGAAAAUUGGAGAGCAGAUUGAAACUCGAGAAUCAACAGACAGUCUGGAGAAUCUACAGCUGAACAAACAGUCUUUCCAGAGGGGGCCAGAGGCUAAACAGUGUGCUUUUCACCCUGGAGAUCUGAUUGUACUUGAAUUUGGGCCUGGUACAAAAAGCAGUCGAAAAGUGCGAGCUUUGACAGCAGCUAGGAAAAAUGAUGCAGGAUCUUGCAUUCCUUUGAAACCCAGUCUGGUGAAAAGUAAAUCUUUUGACAAAUUCACCUCUUCUUCUAACCAAGAUGCAGCAGACCUGAUUUCAACUCAAGAAAGUCGUCAAGAGAGGGUACUUUCUGCUGCAAGAAGGAAUAUAUGCCAGGUGAAGGAUCCAGAAUUAUCUGCUUCAAGUGUAUUUCAAGCCAUGCAGAAAGAAAAUGAAGAUAUGCUGAAAAGUGUAGAAAAGCAGAGAACAAUCACAAAAACACCUACAUGUUGGCAAGUGCUUUCGCCUUCAGAACCAGCAAGAAAUGGCACACUGCAGUGUUUGCCUGUACCAGUAAAGCACGAUGUGAUCGGUAAAGCUAUUGAACGAAUCAGCUAUUUGGAACCAAGUCAACAAAAGAAACUUCUAAAGGUGUUGGAGAAAAUUGAAGUGCCUUCCAGUGAUAGGUCAAAUAGCAGUACCAUAAAGGCAAGAAUUGGAAUGACCACGGAGAGUAAUGGAACAUCAGGCAGCACACUGAUGAAGGACAUAAUUUAUGUCACGCUGGAAAUUUUGUCGAAUUGGGGCAAUGUUGACAAAGUCGGCCUAACAGAAGUGCAAUUUUUUGACCUAAAACAUCAGAAGAUUUUUGUUUCUCCUCAUGAUGUCGAUGUCAGAAAUGCUCACAGUCCUGGGAACUUGAAUCGUUUAGUGAAUGGAAAGACAAAAACUACCAAGGAACGUCACAUGUGGACGUGCCCUUUCCAUCCACCAGUUCAAUUAUAUUUUGUUGUGCGUAGCCCAAUCAAAUCGUGUGACUUCGGUAUUUCUAAGAUCAAAAUUUGGAAUUAUAAUAGAAGUCUUAAUGAGCUUGAUGUUGGGGCAAAGGAUGUAAGGAUUUAUGUGGACAGUAAUCUGGUAUAUGAAGAAGAGCUUGAAAAAGGCUGUGGAAAUCAAGUGUUUGAUUACAGUACAACCAUUGACUUGAGAACCACCAAAAGCAAAGCUUCACUUGAUACUUCCAGUGGGAGUGAUAUGGAAGAGCAAACUGAAGAAAUGGUGAGCUCAGAAAGAGACCCAAGCAUUGAGCCGCCAGAACAAGCAACUUCCUUAUUCUUUCGAAAUUCAAGUUUAGAAGAGAGAAAUACAGUUGGUGCUUUCAGUGGGACUGAUACAGAUGAUCAAGCUAAUGUAAUUGAGAGCUCAAAAGCAAAUCUUAAUAUUGGUUCUCCACAUCAAGCAAGUUCCUCAUUCUUUUUAAAUUCGCACUUAGAAAAUAAGAAAACUACAUUAGUUGAUUUGAAUGAUUCACCAAAGUGCAGAAUUUCUGCCAUGGAGGAAGACACAAUGUUAACAGCCUCAGUUUCACUGGAGACAUCGCUCCUGCGAGUAAAUAUUUCAGAAACCAAUAAGGAGGAAGAAAUUUAUGCUGAUGAAGAACCAGUUAUGAAAGACCAGGUGGAGAAAAUAACAGGAAAGAAAAUAACAGAAAUGCCGUCAGCUUCAAAAAUACCAUCGUGGCUAAAAUCACCAGAGAAAGAAAAACCCAAGCAAUGUAAAUGGAAAAAGCCUCCAUGGCUCAGUGAUGAGAAACUCGUAGAUUUAAAAGUUGACAACAACUCAGCUAAAACUAGUGAGGCAAAUUGUAAUUGGCCUGAUCUAUCUGACCCUGUCAGUAGUUACAAAAACUCAAUUGGUGGAACUGACAAGAUUUUAAAAUGUAAUAAGAAGAAGUUAGUUAACUCUUCUGAAAAGGACAAAGUACUUACUGACAAGAACUAUUUAGAUUUCCUGGAUGACUUCAGUGGAAGUGACUGUUAUAUACCCUCGUCACAGGAUGAGGAGAAUCAAAGAACUGACUUUCCUGUAAGUGGAAGGAGAAGCUCUAUGAAAAGUGCAAGAACUAAAGAACUUUUUAAUAUUAAUGACACUGAAGGACUUCUUAAAAUAGAUAAUCAGGGAGCUACUUCAAAGACUUCAGGGUCUUCAAGACCCAAGUGGAAAAAUGAACAGGAUGACACACUGAUGGAAUCAUGGGAUUCUUUAUUAAAGUUUAACAGAUCACAGCGAGGUCGGAUAGCCAACAUGGAUUUUGAGGGAGACAUUUUUGAUGAGUUUUUGCAAGAGCAACGAAUUGGAAGAGAAAUAGGAUUGAAAUCCUUGUAUCAGGAAUCAAUGCAUGAAGUUGAAGAGGAAAAGGAAGAGCAUACAACUGACCUUGAAAGAGAUGAUGAUGGGAGUGAUGAUUUUGAAAUUCCAGUUUUGCCUUUUGGCUGUCAUUUAGUUAUUAAUAUAACAUCAACUUGGGGUGACAGACAUUAUGUUGGACUUAAUGGGAUAGAAAUAUUCAGUUCAAGUGGAGAACCUGUACAAAUAGCACAAAUAAGAGCAGAUCCAGCAGAUAUUAACAUCUUACCUGCUUAUGGCAAAGAUCCAAGAGUUGUUUCAAAUUUGAUUGAUGGUGUAAACAGGACACAAGAUGAUAUGCAUCUCUGGCUUGCACCUUUCACUCCAGGAAGGCCCCAUUUGAUCUAUAUUGACUUUGUAAAUUACUGUCACUUGGCCAUGAUUCGAAUUUGGAAUUACAACAAAUCGAGAAUACAUUCUUUCCGUGGUAUUAAAGAUGUUGAAAUCUUAUUGGAUGGGAAACUGAUCUUUAGAGGAGAAAUAGCCAAGGCAUCGGGAACCUUAAAUGGAGCUCUGGAACAGUUUGGAGAUACUAUACUUUUCACUACAGAUGACGAGAUUCUCGAUGCAAUGUCUCAAUACGAUGAAACGUUUGCAGCUAAUAUUGAUUAUACUCAGCCACUCACAUUUGAGGAAGAACUCAAUAGACCUAGUACUGCAGAUGGUGAAGGAGAUGAGAGGCCAUUCACACAGGCCGGCUUUAGAACAGAGAGCAAACAGGAGCAAGAACAAACCCCAUUCCUGUUGGGUGGAACAGCCAGUCAGAUGCGAGAGGAGUACACUGGGAAAUGUAUACAGCUAAAUUUCACUGUUACUUGGGGAGAUUCUCACUACCUUGGGUUGACUGGACUGGAAAUUGUAGGCAAAGAUGGUCAGGCACUAUCUGUCACAAUGGAUGAUAUUGAAGCUUCACCGAGAGAUCUAAAUGAACUGCCAGAGUAUAAUGAAGACAGUAGGACAUUAGACAAGCUAAUUGAUGGCAUUAACAUCACUUCAGAAGAUGGACACAUGUGGCUGAUUCCUUUCACCUAUGGAGAGAAUCACACCCUCACAAUCAAUUUCCAUAGACAACAGACCAUUAUUGGACUUCGCUUCUGGAACUAUAACAAGUCGCCAGAAGAUACGUACAGAGGGGCAAAAGUUGUCCAUGUUACCCUCGAUGGAUAUAGCAUUUCACCACCAGAGGGCUUCCUCCUCCGAAAAGGGCCAGGCGUAUGCCAUUUUGACUUUGCUCAAGAAAUUCUUUUUGUAGAUUAUCUCCAGAGGACCAGCAAAGUAACAGCAAAGCAGCAGACCGGUAACUGUCUUAGGAACGUGGAACAGGCUAGUAUGGAUUAUGAAUCUCCUUUGAUGCCAUGUGGCUUUAUUUUCCAGCUACAGUUGCUGACAAGCUGGGGAGAUCCUUACUACAUCGGCCUUAAUGGACUAGAAUUCUAUGGUGAUGAUGGAGAAAAAAUUCUUUUGACAGAGAAUAACAUUUCUGCUUUUCCAGAUAGUGUGAAUGUUUUAGAAAGUGUUUCGGGAGAUGUUCGAACCCCAGAAAAAUUAAUUGAUGGAAUAAAUGACACAAAUGAUGGGAGACAUAUGUGGUUAGCUCCAAUUCUUCCUGGUUUGGUAAAUCGGGUUUAUGUCAUUUUUGAUCAACCCGUUGCUGUAUCAAUGAUUAAACUCUGGAAUUAUUCAAAAACCCCUCAAAGAGGGGUCAAAGAAUUUGGGCUGCUUGUUGAUGAUUUAUUAGUCUACAAUGGAAUCCUAGAUAUUGUGAGUCAUGUGGCUCGUGGUAUCCUGCCAACUUGUGAACCUAUUAUCCCAUAUCAUACAAUCCUUUUCACCAAUGAUGAGAAGAUUACACAUAGAGAGAGAAAUACACUUAUAAGUAACCAAGUGGAAGAUCAGGAUGUGAAAAUGACCAAUGAAAACCAAAUUAUUCAACGUUCCAAGAAGAAGCAAGCGGCUGAUCCAGCUUUGCGACCAAAGACAUGCAUGACCGACAGAGGAUCAUUUGGGAGAAGAAGGUUUUUAUAAAGAUCUCAUCGGUGAAUUAUCUGCAAGUUUUUGCUUUUGGUUCCGAUUAUACUGUCCAUGUUUGAAACAUAGUUUUGCUUUCUUUUUAGCAAAAGCGGACAGGAAUUUCUCAUCAAAGUAACCAUAGAUUGAUCACACUAAAACUCUAUUUACAUCACAUUCCCUGUACAUUUGAUUAUUUUCUCCUUUGUGUUUUCUUGCCUGUUUAAUCUGUUAAAGUGCUGAGUCACCUGCAAUUACAAUUCAGCACCUUCAAGUCAAGUACCCAGUGAACUUUCUUUGUUGUAUGUGGUAAGGACUGUCUUCACAAUAUCAGCUGUAAAGAAAUUGAUGAAGUGGCAGAAUGAGCUCAAAGUCAAAAUUAUACUCCUCCACCCUCUCAUUGGUGUGCCUAUUAAACAUUUGUGCCUAACUCUGCAUUGUUGCCAUUCGGUUAUAUCUUUGCAAAAUUGAAUUUGAACAAAACAACUAUAUAAUUAUUAAUUCCAUCAUUUUUAAUUUGGUUGGGAUUUGAUGAAAGUCAUUGUUUUGAAAUACAGUCAUCAAGGUUAAAUGCAAUUGUAUAUCCUCUGUCAAAUAUAUUGCCCUUCACUUUGAGAAAAUCCAUGAUAUUCAUGUUUAAACAAAUAUUCAAUCACUUUGCAACAUGCUGAACUCCAGCUCAAUUGAGACAAAAGUCCUAUUCAGAACUUUUGUUUUAAAAUUCCCUAGUUUAUCCAUUAGGAACACUCUGUUCUAAUAAGUUCUAGAACUUGUUAGUACUAAUGUCUGUUUUUGAUAAACUAUGUUCCUGUCAUGAGAAUAUAAUCAGUAUUGAUCCAAAUUACCACGAUUUCAAGAUGUAAUUUCUUCUUAAAUUCAAUGAACACUAAAUGAUUUUUAAGCAACUGACUGCUAAUAUGGCAAUAUUCUGUUGAAGAAUGUAUUUAUUAAGUCAUCUGAUGACUCUACCCUUCCAGCAAUCCAGUGGACUAAUGAAAAAGCAACAUGCAACUAUGUAUAUUCAUCAGCUAUGCUGAGUCAAAAUGGCUUCUUCUCACAUUGAGAACUCCUACUAAUGCCUCAUUUGGAAAUACAGCAAUUGCAAAAAGCAAAUACAAUCUAACUCCAAAACGUGAUCAAUUGCAUUGCACAAAACCAGUGCUGAUGUCUUAUGAACUUUGUGACGUUUUUGUAGCAUUGGAGCAAUGUAUAAUGUACCCCUAAUGUCUUGUACUUAGACACAUAUCAGAAUUUAUUCUUUCAAAUGUUUUCCAUGUAAUAAUUGUACAUAUGUAUGUGAUAUGUAAAGAAC